GAAGAAGAAGGAGCAACGAUGGCAUGAGCACGAGUGCACGACCGAAGCCGAAGAAACCAAGGUAGUAAAACAAAUCGAAGCAAGAGUCAGGUCGCCACCUAACAUCUGCAGCGAGCGAUCAUGCACCAACUUCGUCUCAACACGAGCGAGCUCUGAACCAGACACCCCCGCGCGGCUCCGUGGUCGUUUCUUAAUUUAGGCAGAAGAAAACGAGUAGACAGAGAGAUCCUUUUUUUUUCCUUCUUCAAAAAACAAGUAGAAAACAGACAAAAGAGGGGGGCAAAAAAACAAACGAACCAAGAAUUUCGAUCCCAUUCCUGCUCAUUCAACUUGCGAUUUAUUUAGCGGCGGCGAUCGGCCAGCCCGGCCCCUUGUCUUCUUCCUCGCAUCAUCCGCCUCUGCCCCCUGCGGAUUAGUAGGGGCCCCAUGCCUCACAUGCACGCCGGGAGCGCGCUGGAGGAUGCGCCGCAGAGCUCGUCACGCCGGGCUACACUGAUUUGGGAGAAACCAAAAGCAAAAAAAAUUACUCCAUGUAGUAGCCAUUGCUGCGACGCCGUGCCCCCGAGUUUGAUUUGAUGGAAGCGAAGACGAACCAAACCAGCGGCGAGGACAGGCCGCAGCCGGCGAUGGACUCGCCGAGGGCGGCGCAGGCGGCGACGCGCCGCAAGAAGAUGACGAAGCAGCUGACGGGGAAGCGCGACGACACGGCGAUGCACGCGGCGGCGCGCGCCGGGCAGCUCGAGUCCAUGCGGCAGAUGAUGUCCGGCAAGGACGCCGAGGAGCUCGGGGCGCUGCUGUCCAGGCAGAACCAGGCCGGGGAGACGCCGCUGUUCGUGGCCGCCGAGUACGGGUACGUGGCCCUGGUGGCCGAGAUGAUCAAGUACCACGACGUCGCCACCGCCGGCAUCAAGGCCCGCAGCGGCUACGACGCGCUCCACAUCGCCGCCAAGCAAGGGGAUGUAGACGUCGUGAGGGAGCUGCUGCGGGCGCUGCCGCAGCUGUCGAUGACGGUGGACUCCUCCAACACGACGGCGCUGAACACGGCGGCGACGCAGGGGCACAUGGACGUGGUGAGGCUCCUGCUGGAGGUGGACGGGAGCCUGGCGCUGAUCGCGCGCAGCAACGGCAAGACGGCGCUGCACUCGGCGGCGCGGAACGGCCACGUGGAGGUGGUGCGCGCGCUGCUGGAGGCGGAGCCCAGCAUCGCGCUGCGCACGGACAAGAAGGGCCAGACCGCGCUGCACAUGGCCGCCAAGGGCACCAGGCUGGACCUCGUCGACGCGCUCCUGGCCGCCGAGCCGGCGCUGCUCAACCAGACGGACAGCAAGGGCAACACCGCGCUGCACAUCGCGGCGCGCAAGGCGCGGCACGAGAUCAUCAGGCGGCUGGUCACGAUGCCCGACACGGACGUCAGGGCGAUCAACCGGUCCCGCGAGACCCCGCUGGACACGGCGGAGAAGAUGGGCAACACGGACGCGGCGGAACUCCUGGCUGAGCACGGCGUGCAGUCGGCGCGCGCCAUUAGCCCCUGCGGCGGCGGCGGCGGCGGCAACAAGCAGGCGCGCGAGCUGAAGCAGCAGGUGAGCGACAUCAAGCACGAGGUGCACUCGCAGCUGGAGCAGACGCGGCAGACGCGCGUGCGCAUGCAGGGCAUCGCCAAGCGCAUCAACAAGCUGCACGAGGAAGGGCUCAACAACGCCAUCAACUCCACGACGGUGGUGGCCGUGCUGAUCGCCACGGUGGCGUUCGCCGCCAUCUUCACGGUGCCCGGGGAGUACGUGCAGGACCCGGGCAGCCUGGCGCCCGGGCACGAUCUGGGCGAGGCCAACAUCUCCCACCAGACGGCCUUCAUCAUCUUCUUCGUCUUCGACUCGGUGUCGCUCUUCAUCUCGCUGGCCGUGGUGGUGGUGCAGACGUCGGUCGUGGUCAUCGAGCGCAAGGCCAAGAAGCAGAUGAUGGCGGUGAUCAACAAGCUCAUGUGGGUGGCCUGCGUGCUCAUCAGCGUAUCCUUCCUGGCGCUCUCGUUCGUCGUUGUGGGCCGCACCGAGCGCUGGCUGGCCGUGUCCGUCACCAUCAUGGGCGCCACCAUCCUGGUCACCACCAUCGGCACCAUGCUCUACUGGGUGAUCGCGCACCGCAUCGAGGCCAAGCGGAUUCGCACAAUCAAGCGCAACACGCUCACCCACUCCCGCUCCUUCUCCUGCUCCGGCAUGUCGGAGGGCGAGUGGGUCGACGAGGAUUUCAAGAGGAUGUACGCAAUCUGACGACCCACGCUACCUGCAUGUGUUUGAGAUCAUCUCGUGCAAUGGCCAUCGCGUUAUUGUCAACUUGCCGUGCUUCGGACCGGGCUAACAUUCUUCUUCCGUCACUCCUUAGUGGCGAUUGAAGUAUUGUCCAACCGAAUAAACCUACCUGUGCGCCGCCUGCGAGAGAGAAGUAAUAAGUUUUGUCUUCAUAGAAAACGAAACAAAAGAAAAGUGAGUUUUGUCUUAAUAGAAAAUGAAAAGCUAGACUUACUAAAAA